UAAUCAUUCUAAAAGCAUAAUAUAGUGUUUGGUGAUUGUCAACUUGGCAAGUGAUGUGUUUUUUUUUUUUUUUUUUGCUUCACUUUUAAGCUCUAUAAUUUGCAGAGCAACAAAGGCAAUUCUUUCUUAGGAAGAAAAUAAAAGGCAAUUCUUUUAGCUGUUCCUCUCUCUCUUCUUCUGAUCUCAGUUGUAGUUGGAGUUGGCUUGGCUGGGAACACAAACACAAGGGUAAUUAGUAAUUACAGCUAAUUAUGGCAGAAAGUGAGGAAAUUCAGCCUCUUGUUUGUGAUAAUGGUACUGGAAUGGUUAAGGCUGGUUUUGCUGGGGAUGAUGCUCCAAGAGCUGUAUUUCCUAGCAUUGUGGGUAGGCCAAGGCAUGCGGGUGUUAUGGUGGGAAUGGGUCAGAAGGAUGCCUAUGUUGGAGACGAGGCUCAAUCCAAAAGAGGCAUUCUUACACUCAAAUACCCUAUUGAACAUGGCAUUGUUAGCAACUGGGAUGAUAUGGAAAAGAUUUGGCAUCACACUUUCUACAACGAGCUUCGUGUUGCUCCUGAAGAACACCCUGUCCUCCUUACUGAAGCACCUCUUAAUCCAAAGGCCAACCGCGAAAAGAUGACUCAGAUCAUGUUUGAAACGUUCAAUGUCCCUGCCAUGUAUGUUGCCAUCCAAGCAGUUCUCUCCCUCUAUGCUAGUGGCCGCACCACAGGUAUUGUAAUGGACUCUGGUGACGGUGUAAGCCACACCGUCCCCAUCUACGAAGGGUAUGCGCUUCCACACGCCAUCCUUCGUCUGGACCUGGCUGGAAGAGACUUGACAGACGCGUUGAUGAAGAUCCUAACAGAGAGAGGUUACACAUUCACCACAACCGCCGAACGGGAAAUAGUACGUGACAUCAAGGAGAAGCUGGCCUAUGUGGCUCUGGACUAUGAGCAAGAGCUUGAAACUGCUAAAAGCAGCUCAUCCAUUGAGAAGAGCUAUGAGCUUCCUGAUGGACAGGUGAUCACUAUCGCAGCUGAGCGUUUUAGGUGUCCCGAGGUGAUGUUUCAGCCAUCUCUGAUUGGAAUGGAAGCUCCUGGGAUCCAUGAGACUACCUAUAACUCUAUUAUGAAGUGUGAUGUUGAUAUAAGGAAAGACUUGUAUGGUAAUAUUGUGCUUAGUGGAGGUUCCACCAUGUUCCCUGGGAUUGCUGAUCGUAUGAGCAAGGAGAUCACUGCACUUGCUCCAAGCAGUGUCAAAAUCAAGGUGGUUGCUCCUCCUGAGAGGAAAUACAGUGUUUGGAUUGGUGGCUCUAUUUUGGCUUCACUCAGCACAUUCCAGCAGAUGUGGAUUUCAAAGGCAGAGUAUGAUGAAUCUGGUCCAUCCAUUGUUCACAGGAAGUGCUUCUAGAUAUAUCACAUAUAUAAAUAUAUAUAUAUAUAUAGAGAGAGAGAAAGAGAGAUGAUAUCAUUGAUGAUAUAGUGUGGUUUGGAUUUGUCAGUGAUUGAGAGAGAGAGAGAGAGAGAGUGUGUGUUAGUUUGUUUGUUGGCUUUUUCAGUGUAUACGUACCUAUUAGUUAUUCCGGGGAUGUUGUUGCUUCUUGCUUGUUUUUAUCUGGGUUGAGUUUAGAACAAUGAGAAUUGGAUGAAUGAUAUGAUAAGAUAUGAUAUGAUUUUGCCUAUAAA